CGCCACGAUCGCUGUGUUGUGUGACUCCACACACUGGGAGAUGGCUACCAACUGCGGCCGAUUCAUCUGUCGCAGUCCUCACCUUGCACCGGUGAGGGCCACCACUCUGCAUGACAUGUCUUUGUAGCACCUGGUGCGCACUUUUCCGGCACUUCAGUUCGUUGUUUGUCUAUAGUGGUCGGAGUUACAUUUCCCGAUCGACAACGCUUGGGCAGAAUGUCAGCUGGGUAGUACAACAUGUGCAUUUCUCUAUCCCCAGGGUAACGGUGGUUCCUGAUCUGAACGGCGGCAGAUGGAUCACACUGACGGAGAUAGCCAUGUUCAAACUUCAAUGAGACUGACUGACCUCACAGUGACUAUGAGCCAUGUGGGAGCAGCCGGGACUGACUACUUGUGGCGGUGCGUGUGGCAGUGUGCUGGAUAUGCUGUGGCUGA